AUGAAAAUCCUUCUGCUAGUUCUAGUGAUAUAGGUGUUUAGCCAAAGCUGCUUAAGUUCGACAGGAACAUAGGUUGACUGGUGGCUGAUAUUCAAAUUGCCUGCUGACACAAGUAUUCCCUAUAGUGGAUUUGAAUACUAUUAUUGUGAUUCACAAAAUGACUGUUCUGCAAUGAACCUGAUGAAUGAUGAUUUGAGAGACUAUACAUCUGCCUUGUAAAGAACUGUGAGUUAGAUCUCAUUUACAUCAACUACAACUAUGAAUGUAGUAUGGAAUGAUUAACCCUCUGGAAAAUCAACAAUCUCCGAUAGAGCUCAUUCCAAAGGCAUUUUGUCAGCAUCUACUAGUGGAUAGGGAUUCAUAAUCAACCAUUCAACACCACAAUUCCCUGUUUUCGAUGAUACUUAAAGUUAUAUAAUACCUGGAAUGCCAAGCAGUUCUAGUGUAAAUGGGCAACAUUUUUUUUGUGUGACAAUGAUGACUUCUUAAAUUAAUGUUGUAGCCGAGCAAUAUAUUAUUGCCUAAACCUUAACCCAGAAGGCUAAUGAAAUCAGCACUUUUGAGUCAACUUACCCAAAUAUUUUUGCUUUAAGAAACAAUUCAAGGAAAAUCCCAGCCUAAAAUGGAGCUUCAUAGGUUAAGAGCAAGAAUGGAAUGAUCAUUAAUGUUAUUUCCAAGAACCAAAAUUUAGUGGAUGACUUUUAUGCUACAGUUGUUGCUCCUACAUUAAAAGUUGGUUUGGUAAUGGAAACAUGGGGAAAUGGAACUGGAGGUCUAUAGGAGGCUGCAUGCACAAAUACUUACCAAACUUAUAGCAAUAUUUAUAGAAAUCAUAAUGGUUAUAAAUUUAAAUAUACAAAAGACCAUUCUAAAUUUGGUAUCUCAGUCCAAAGUGCUAUGCCCUAUGUUUGUAUGUCUGAUUUGAAUAGAAUGACUACCUAAAAUAAAAGAGGAGGAACUUCUCUUUGUUUUUUGCAUUCCAAAAUAUGGAAUGUAAUAAAUAAGUCAUUUGUCGAAAGACAGACAUGCUGA